ACCAGAAUUUACCAUUCAUUUUGGCUACCUACUGUAGUAACAUUGUCAAGUGAAGUAUCUGGUGUUGAAGCCAAGAUACACUCAGCUGUCUGUGCUGCAUAUUUUCAAAAGGGCUAAGCAGCUUUAUAGGAAGGAUCUGGCAUGCGUCUGGAGGUUAAAAUAUAAAGUCCAGGUAUUAUCUCUGUGUGGAAUCAAAAGGGAGGGACGCAGGUGAAGUUAUUAACUUCGCAUGUGGCCCGGAGGGUGCUUUUGCUCACCAUACGCUGAAGAAGAGCUCUUGUUCUGUCUUCUUGUGGUAAAAAGUAGACGGGAUUCAUGGCUACCUGCCACUGGAUUCUCCUCGCGUGUCUCACGCUGAAUAUCUGUCAGAGGGCUGUGGCUCUGGAGCGAAAUGACUGCAGCAGCUCCCCAGAAGUCAGAUGUGAUUUUGUUUGCGACUGCCAAGACUGUAGUGAUGAGGAAGACUGUGGUUAUCAGGGACAGGACUUUUUGUGUGAUUUUGAGCAUGAGGGGAAGUGCGGAUGGACUGAAAAGUCAGAUGAAGGUGGGUACAUGUGGCAGAGACAACAGAGAGGGAACACGCUCCCUGACAGCGGGCCGUCCUCCGAUUUCACCACUGGCACUUCCACAGGCUGGUUCAUGGCAGUGACGGCUGUGACUUCAAAUACUCCCAGAACCGCUGUGCUUGUGUCCCCUACAAUAAAACAUUCGUCUCCUACCUGUCGCCUUCGGCUCAGAUACUUCCUCUGGGACUCAGGUCACAUAGGGCUGGGUGACACACCACUGUGGGGGUCGGUGUUGCAAAUUGAUGGUGAGGAAGCUGUGGUGUGGAGGCCGGAGAGCACCAGCGUCCGCGGCUGGAGGGAGGCCAUCAUCUAUUUGGGCCGUAUUUCGGGACCUUUCCAUAUCCAGCUUCAUUCGAGGCGCAGUGAAGGGAAGCAAGGAGAUGUGUCUAUUGAUCAGAUGGAAUUCUUAGAUUGUGCCCUGCCAGUUCCCCCUGAAAGUGGAACGUGCGGUCCAGGUUUCAUGACAUGUAAGCGGGAGGGAUGUGUGGAGGACUAUAAAGUGUGCGACGGCACGGAUGACUGUGGUGAUGGAACGGAUGAAGAAAACUGUGUAUAUACUCAGCAGAACAUAAGCUGUAACUUUGAAGAUGGUCUUUGUGGAUGGGACCUAAGAACACUAUCAUCCUUGAAAUGGACAAGGACCAGUCAGAGGAAUAUAUCACUUUCUGAGCCUCUAAAAGGACCUGGUAGAGACCACACAACUAAUACAGUGGCAGGACAUUUCUUGUAUGUGACCGAUGACAAGAAGAGUGAUUGGUCAUCUUUUCAUAGCCCUCCCAUGGCACCAACCAAUGAGACACAUCCUUGUCGGAUGGUAAUGUACACACAUCAGUUUGGCCGAGUGUCAGGCGGACUGUCUGUGUUGGUGGCUGAGCAGCACAUCUAUCCUGUAUGGGAACGUGGAGGUGCUCUCGGGGACUUGUGGGUAAAGGCUGAGGUGGAGUUUGUCGUCAACAGCACGUUCCAGAUUCUCUUUGUUCCUGCUAUUCGAGACCAAGCAUAUGGAGGGAUCGCUAUCGAUGAUAUUGUCUUGUCCCCUGAGUGUCGCUUAUCCAAUGAAUCAAUGCCAGAUCCAGAAUAUCCAAGGCCUCCCCCUCACCCUUGCACAAAUGACGAUUUGAAAAUCUGUGACUUUAAGGAGGACUGUUCUGCUGGAGAAGAUGAGGCUCAGUGUGGGGACUUCGCAUAUGAGAUGGGAAGCUCUGGCUGGACAGAUGCCAGUUUAGGAAGCCAAGCCUGGGAGCUAAAACUGGAGUAUAAUGACACCAUAAAAGACGAGUUCCUGACUGUGAUUGGUGCUCCCGGGCAGCAGCUAAGUGAAGCCCAAACUCGUACCCCUCUCUUGGGUCCGUCAGGUCCAGCAUGCACCCUUCAGUUCUCCUACAGUCUCAGCGGCAGUAACCCACACAUAGGUGAUCUGGCAGUGUAUGUUGUGGACAGUGUGUUGGGGACUCAUCCUGUGCUGUGGGAGUUUUCUGGAAGAACCAAUGAGACGGCAGGAACUUGGGUAAAAGAGGAAGUCUAUGUUGGAGCCAGAGAUCAUCGCUUUCAGUUAGAGUUCAGGGCCCAUGCUAAAGAGAUCUCCCCUAGCUCCCAGAUUGCAGUGAAGGAUGUUCACUUUAUUGACUGUUCUACCCUGUUUGUGCCCUCUGGUGAUAUAUCAUGUAAUUUUGAGGUAAAUUUGUGCGGGUGGAACCAGGACCAAACAGAUAAUUAUGACUGGACGCUUCAUAGUGGAAUGGACCACACUGUCCACGAUGGUAAGAGUCUGGUGGUGGACAUGUGGGACCCCUCACUGCGUGGUCUUUCUGGACGUCUCCUCUCAGUCAGACAGAAUAGUAACUCAGAGCACUGUCUGUCCUUCUUCUACAAACUCUAUGGACCAGACACAGGCGCUCUAAGUGUAAAGCUGCUAUUUGCUGAUGGCUCAGAAGAGCUGUUGUGGACACGCAGCGGUGCCCAUGGUAACGUUUGGCAUGAGGGCCAUUGCUCUGUGCCUCCUCAGCUCUCCGCUUUCCAGCUGGUGUUUGAAGCCACUCGUUCUGGUUUUGAUGGACAGCUGGCUUUAGAUGACGUGGCUUUUGUGGCAGAACCAUGUUCUUUGCCUACUAUGUGCUCAUUUGAGAGUCAGACUUGUGGCUACACCAGUUCUGGAAGAGCAAGGUGGGUACACCAGAGCUGGGCUUUAGCCCAAACUGGACCCAAGAUAGACCACAGCCUGGAGACAGAAAAUGGUUUCUACAUGCUGGCCCACAGCAGUGUUGAUGUCCUUCCCCAGGGCAGUGUGACCACCUUGACUUCCCCUGUGCGUAGAGGCGUAUCUCACACUGAAUGUGUGCACUUCUGGUACCAUACAGGAGGAGAAAAACCAGGUACACUGAAUGUCUAUGUGAAGCCAACUCAUGGAAACAGGAUACAGUUAUUUUCCAGUAGCAUCAGGCAGGGACAUGCCUGGCGUCAUGGCCAAGGGAAUGUCAACUGGAAUGGGGAUUGGCAGCUGCAGUUUGAAGUGAAGGGUGAAGGCGACCCAUCCAGUUUUAUUGCAGUUGAUGACAUCACCUACUCGACUCACAGCUGCCCCACAGCAGAUAGCGUCUGCGAUUUCGAGAGAGGUUUGUGUGGUUGGUCUAACACUCAGAACUCAUCUGUAGACUGGUUAGACUGGGACCUGACCAGUGUGAAAGCUGAGAUGUUCUACUGCACGCCACCAUAUGACCACACACUAUUCACAGACGAAGGACACUUCUUGGUCCUUCCUAACUCUCAGCGUGAUACAGCAAACCAGAAUGCUUGGCUGCUGAGUCCUCACCUGCCACCAACCAAAGGAACCUGUCUGAAAUUUUGGGUUUAUCAGCCAACCAUAUAUGACACUAAACUCACAGUGUGGAGGCUGUUUGAAAACACCAGAAAUGAAUUGCUGACACUGCAUGAGGGAGGUGGAGACUGGAAGCGCUUCAGUGUCAAUAUCACCUCAGAAACUGAGUACCAGAUUGUACUAGAGGGAUUUAAAGGAGAGAAGGGUGUUCUUGCCUUGGAUGACAUACAGUACACAGUCGGGGUGAACUGUGCUGGGCAGAAGACAGACCAAACCUCAUCAUCAUCUAACAACACAGGAACCAUUGUGGCUGUUGUAGUCGUCAUUGUGCUCAUAGUGCUUCUCGCUGCCUUCCUGGUUUUCUACCUGAAGACUAAACAUAAGACCAAUGCUUUAAUACAGGAAUCAAACGGAUCUCGUGUAAACCCCACUGGCUUUAGCAAUGACAUGUAUGAAUCUGCAAAUGCUUAACGUGCAGAGGAGGUGAAUGCUGGACCGUAGGAGGUUACUGUGGUGACUGUGCCACCAAGUGGCAGCCUUUCAGCAAAACGGUCGACAUCACAGCAGGAGAACUGCUUGUGUCGCUACGGCAGGACUAGCCGGUCAUAACACAUGCAAAAUGCCUGAUGCUAACCAAAAGAUAUUGAGUUGUCUUUACUAUGAGUGAAAUAUUUGGGUCAGAUACCUAUUUUACUCAACUGGUGAUACCUUGGCUGUUCUACGUGCCAUCACAGGAUAUUAAUGAAUCAAAUCUAAUGUAAUUUAAUAUGAUAUGCAAUUAACAGAAUGGCAAAGUGCAGAAAAAGCAAAGAAACAACAAUCCCCGUGACAUUAGAUGUCCAUGAUGUGUAUUUUUGGAGGUUUUGUGGUUUACAUGCAUUGCAUUUACAUCUGCAAUACGUCUAUAGGACGUUUCCUAUGAGUUGUCAAAUAGACGUCUAUUAGAUGUCUUUAAGAUGUUUAUGAUUUAGACUACGUAAAACUGACAUCUUGCAGACAUCUGUUAGAUGUUUCUACACAGCAGAUGCUUUCCAGAUCAAGUGAUAUUUAACAGACGUCUUUCAGACGUAUGUGUGCUAUGUGUGGAUUCUCUCUGUUACAGAUAAACAGAGGUUCCAAAUGAAUACAUUAAAUGUUUAAAGGGAAAAAAUGCAGUUUUUGUUGUGGGAGAGGUGAAAAGUAAAGUACUUAAGUGUUGUUCCAUAAAGUAAAUCGUACUGUAUU